CUGAGAUCGACAUCUUGCUACAGUCCAAUACAUUAUCAUGUCUAAAUCAAACCCUCUUGCAAUUGGUGGUCAGAGAGUCUCUGGUGCUGAAGUGCGCCAACAGAAUGUCUAUAUUUACUACCAAUGCUUUAUAGUCAUUGCUGUCCAGUCUAUUGCAAACAUUGUCAAGAGUUCUCUCGGUCCUGUUGGUCUGGAUAAAAUGUUGGUCGAUGACAUUGGUGAUGUAACCAUCUCUAAUGACGGUGCUACAAUCCUCAAAUUACUCGAGGUCGAACAUCCUGCUGCAAAGGUUCUUGUCGAACUUGCUCAACAGCAGGAUAAGGAGGUUGGUGAUGGCACUACUUCUGUUGUCAUUGUUGCUGCCGAAUUGCUACGGAGAGCAAACGAUCUGGUCAAAAACAAGAUCCAUCCUACUACCAUCAUCACUGGUUACAGGCUCGCUAGUAAGGAAGCAGUCAAGUUUAUUGCAGAGCAAAUGGCCAUCAAAGUUGAAAGUCUGGGUCGUGACUGCUUGAUCAAUGUUGCCAAGACUUCCAUGUCCUCCAAGAUCAUUGGAUCUGAUAGCGAAUUCUUUUCAAAUAUGGUUGUUGAUGCCAUGACUGCUGUCAAGUCUACCUCUGAAAAGGGUGAAGCAAGGUAUCCCAUCAAAGCUGUCAACAUUCUUAAAGCACAUGGAAAAAGUGUCAAAGAAAGUACUCUAGUCAAGGGUUAUGCUCUCAACUGUACUGUUGCUUCCCAAGCUAUGAAGACUAGGAUCCAAGGUGCCAAAAUUGCUUGCCUUGACAUCAACUUGCAAAAGGCACGCAUGCAUCUGGGUGUUCACAUUGUAAUUGACGAUCCCGACAAGCUUGAAGAUAUUCGUAAACGUGAAAUUAAAAUUACUACUGAGCGUAUUCAAAAGAUUUUGGAUGCCGGUGCUAAUGUGAUUCUGACCACUAAAGGUAUUGACGAUCUUUGUCUCAAACUUUUUGUUGAGGCUGGAGCCAUGGCUGUUCGUCGCUGCAAGAAGGACGAUCUUAAACGCAUUGCCAAGGCAACUGGAGCUACUUUUAUCUCUACACUCGCAAAUCUGGAGGGCGAGGAAACCUUUGAAGCAUCUUAUCUUGGUCAUGCUGAGGAAGUUGUUCAAGAACGCAUUUCUGAUGAUGAAUGCAUCUUGGUCAAAGGAACCAAGGUUCACUCUUCUGCAUCCAUCAUUCUACGUGGUGCCAAUGACUACAUGCUGGAUGAGAUGGAGCGAUCUGUACACGAUUGUCUCUGUGCUGUAAAGCGCACUCUUGAAAGCAACACUGUUGUUCCUGGAGGUGGUUGUGUAGAAGCUGCUCUUUCAAUCUAUCUUGAAAACUUUGCCACUACUCUGGCUUCGCGCGAGCAACUUGCUAUUGCUGAAUUUGCCAAUUCUUUGCUUGUCAUUCCCAAAACUCUAGCUGUCAAUGCCGCCAAAGAUUCUACUGAUUUGAUUGCUAAACUUCGCGCAUACCAUAAUGCUGCUCAGAGUCCAGGAGCUGAUGAGGCUAAAAAGGCAUUAAAAUGGUCGGGUCUGGAUUUGAUCAAUGGUGUGGUUCGCGACAAUCUCAAGGCUGGUGUGAUUGAGCCUGCCAUGUCCAAGGUCAAGUCUUUCAAAGCCGCCACUGAGGCUGCCAUUGCGUUGCUGCGUAUUGACGAUAUGAUUAAAAUUGACCCCGAACCUCAGCAAGAGGAUCCCCACGGUCAUUAAGCGAUGAAUAGGUGUAGACAAGUGAGCAAAUGGGUGUUGCAUAACCGAUGCUAUUUGAAAUAAAGGCAAUACUUCAUUUAU